CUUUUCCCCUUCCUGCCCACCAUUCCAGCCCUUGUCCUGCACUGUCUACCGGAGAAGCGCAGUUGUGGUUGUUUCGCAUCACCGGCCAAUGCUCCCUCCCCAGACCAACUGCCGUCAUUGUAGACUUGUGGGUAACAAGUGAAGCCCUCAUCUUCUUCUCCCUUAACGAUUAGAUCUCAGAUCUCUUUGUUGCCUUUUGGUUCUUCGGCAAUGUGGUUGUUGUUGCUUGUUGAUGAGAAGGGGUUAUAAGUGAUCAGUGACAAAGGAAAAGAUAAAGGAGAUAGACAAUGCAACGGCGAGGCAAGUGACGUCGGGGAGGGUUGUUGUUUUAGAAGACUAGAAGGCAGACAGAGGAACUUGUGUGUGCCUUUUAAUGGGGAUGGAAAGUAGUGAUGUUGGGGUUGUUUUUUUGUCAAUGGAAUCUAAGGACAAAAUUUUCCAUUCACAUUCCAUCAAGAAAGCGAAAAUUACAGAUGCCAAAAAUUCUUGGAUUCCUAAAAUCUUCAACCGUUAAUUCAAAAGUGCGACAGGAAGACAUAUUAUGAAAGUCAAGAAAACUUAAAAGCAAACAAAAUAAAAAUAUAUAAAUAUAUAAAAUGGGUGUAUACAUGGACGGGCCUUGUUUCUUGCUUCUCCCUUUGGGCAUCUCUUUCUUUUCAGUAGGAAUAACCCUAUCAUUCAUUCCCACCUUACGUUCAUACUUUUGUUCUUUGAUGGUGAUCAAGAAGAGCUGGAGCAUUCUUCACGUCCUCCACUUUCACCUUUCGUCUCUAUAAAUUGCCCUCCUUGUUGAAGAAUUACAAGUGGUUACCUUCACAGCUGUUGCUGCUUCGGUGAACCAAGAUUUGAUAUAUGGGUGGCUUUAACAGUACCGUGGAAACUAUGGAGAAUGUGGAGACCAUGCAAGCCACGCAGACUAUGCAGACUAUGCAGACUGUGCAACCCAAGAAAGAGGUGUCCUAUGAAACAGAGCCUUUCACUGGCAAUGUGAUACAAAAUGGAAGAGAAAUACUUUUACAGGCUUUCAAUUGGGAAUCUCAUAAAUAUGAUUGGUGGAGAAAUCUCGAAAAUAAAGUACCAGAUAUAGCUAAAUCUGGAUUUACAUCAGUUUGGCUUCCACCCCCAUCUCAUUCUAUUGCUCCAGAAGGCUAUCUGCCACAAAACCUCUAUUCUCUUAACUCUGCUUAUGGUUCAGAGCACCAAUUAAAAUCUUUACUUCAAAAACUACGUUCAUACAAAGUAAGAGCAAUGGCUGAUAUAGUUAUCAACCAUCGAGUUGGGACUCAUCAAGGACAUGGAGGAAUGUAUAAUCGCUUCGAUGGGAUGCCAUUACCAUGGGACGAACAUGCUGUCACAUCGUGUUCGGGGGGAUUAGGAAAUAGAAGCACCGGUGACAACUUUAAUGGAGUUCCCAAUAUAGAUCAUACACAAAAUCAUGUGAGGAAAGAUAUAAUUGGAUGGUUAACAUGGCUAAGAAAAUCCAUUGGAUUCCAGGAUUUCCGAUUUGAUUUUGCAAAAGGAUAUGCGGCAAAGUAUGUAAAAGAGUAUGUUGAAGAGUCGAAGCCCCUUUUUUCAAUAGGCGAAUAUUGGGACAGCUGCAGUUAUAGCUCUGGCUUGGACCACAAUCAAGAUAACCACAGGCAGAGGAUUAUCAACUGGAUCGAUGAGACAGGAGGUCUUUGUGCUGCUUUUGAUUUCACAACCAAGGGUGUACUUCAGGAAGCAAUUAAAGGUCAGUUAUGGCGUUUGCGUGACUCUCAAGGGAAGCCAUCUGGUGUGAUGGGGUGGUGGCCUUCGAGAGCAGUUACCUUUAUUGAGAAUCAUGACACCGGUUCGACACAGCGGCAUUGGCCAUUCCCUUCCAGCCAUGUGAUCCAGGGAUAUGCAUAUAUACUUACCCAUCCAGGAUUGCCCAUGGUGUUCUAUGAUCAUUUCUAUGAUUGUGGUCAGUCUAUGCAUGACCAAAUUGUCAAAUUGAUGGAAAUUCGAAAACGAUCGGAUAUUCAUAGCAGAUCAUCAAUAAGAAUUCUUGAAGCGAAAUCGAACCUUUACGCUGCAAUCAUCGGGGAGAAACUAUGCAUGAAGAUAGGGGAUGGAGCAUGGUGUCCAAAUGGUGAGGAGUGGAAACUUGCGACUAGCGGGCACGGUUACGCCAUCUGGAACAAGUAAAAUUUCAAUAAUUUUGGCUUGUCGUCACUUGUUGAACAGGUAAGAAUAAAGUAAAUGCCUCCACUCGUAAUGUAUUAUGUUUGUCUUGAUUAAUUUUUAUGUAAUAUCAAAUUAUGAUAAUAAUAAAGCCAUGGCAUGCCAUGAGAAGAGAUGUUUAUAUUGAUU